AUGGGAGAUUAUAACCAUCAACAAAUGUCUAACCAACAUCAUCAACAAAUUCAGCAGAAACAGUAUGUUCCACAACAACAUCACCAACAACAACAUAUGCAGCAACAACAACAACAACACUACCAUCAGAAUAUUCAACAACGAACUGUUCAACAAAUGCCACAGGGACAAAGGCCUCCUAUUAGACCUCACAUGAAUACCCCACAACAGCAGCAACAAAAUAAUCCUAAUAUGCAGUCUCGAAUAAAUACACCAAUGCAAAAUCAACAACAAGGAUAUAGGAUAAAUUCAAUGCAGCAACAAUCUUCACAACCACAUCAAGGUACUCCACAACCAAUUCGUCAAAUAAAUCAAAAUCCACAAAUAGGCCAAGGAGGGACUGUAUAUGUUACUCAAAAUCCUAACAGUCAGCAAAGAAUUAUUCAUCGUCAAAUGCCAGCAGGAACUGUUAUGAGGACUGUUCAAACAUCUAGUCAAUAUGCAAAUAAUCAACAAAUGUCUACAAAUCCUCAACAACAACAACAGGCACAUUAUAUUUAUUCUAAUGAAAGCCCAAAUCGUCUGACACAAGGAAAUCAAAGAGUGAUUCAUCAACAAGGAUCAAAUAAUCAAACAGGAGUUUCAGCUUUAAGGCAAGCACUAGGUCAUCCUUCAGGUUCUCAGAAUGCCCAUCAAGGUCCAACACUUGUACAGUAUUCAGCAAAUCCUCAGCCACCACAACAUCCAUCUCAACCUCCUACACCUCAACAACAAAUGACAAUUAGAAGUCAUACACCUCAACCACAAAUAAAAAUUGACCAACAAUCACCUCAACAGACUCGUUCAAGUAUUGUUGUAACAUCACCAGCUUCUAUUACAUCACCAUAUAAUAAUAUUACUAAUUCUCAACAACGAAUGACACCACUAGUUGGACAGGGUAGAAUAUCACCGGUAGAACCUCAGCUAGUUAUACAGAAAGAAACACCAAAGCAACUUACACCUGCUCCAGUUCAUCCAGAAAAUUAUGACAAUGUACCAAUUAUGACAAAGGAUGGAUUAAAAGAAUUUGUCAAAACAAUAGAUGAAACUGAUAUUGUUGAAGAGGAUGUUUUAGAUAAUUUAAUUGAAUCAUCAAAUGAAUUGGUGGAGAAUGUGUUGGAAAAGGCUAAGAAAUUAGCCCUUCAUAGAGGUGGUAAUAAAAUAGAGGCUAGAGAUAUCGAAAUGGUUUUAAAAAAGUUUUAUGAUAUUGAUGUACCUCCAUAUAUAGCAGGAGUCUAUCUUACUCAAUAA